AUGUCCAACUCUACUGGAUCGUUUUCUUUCGCCUCCUUCCCCGCUCUCUCGGGUGGCCUCCCAACAUCACCAGAUGAAGCGCCCUCGAUUAUCUUCACGAUUGCCUACGUGGCCCUACUGCCCCUUGCGAUCUGGAGAACCUGGACUUACCGGCACCCUGGUACACUCCUCUUCACUUUUGUCCGUCUCUGUCUCUUCAUCUCAAUCCGUGUUGCCACAUUCGCCCUCCGAGCAGCAGAAGGCGCUUCUGCCCAGAUCCCAGACAACCCCGUUCCCAGUGAGGGGAUCUUCAUCGCCGAACAAAUCCUCCUAGGCGUGGGGUUCAUUGUACUCGUGGACCUUAUUGUCGAGCUGCUCAAAAGCCACAUCUGGCGCACCGACGUUCAGGUGGUCGAUGAGACGCUGUUUGCUCAGGAAGGCCAGCGAAACGUUCUGCAGCGGAUUGUGAGGCUCAUGCAUGUAGCUCUGAUAGUAUCGAUUGCACUAGGCAUCGUGGCCGGCACUCAGUACUCGGACGCUCUCACAGACCCCUCCACUGCCUCGAACGUCAAGACACUGCGCACAGCAAGCACCGUAAUCGCACUCGUCGUCUCCGCGCUCUGCGCCAUCGUCUCCCUCUUCCUGAUGCUCCAGUAUUCUCACCUGGGCCAGUCGAGGUCCGUCUACCUCUUAGUAACGAGCUGUAUAAUACUUGUCGUUCCUGCCUACCGACUGUCCACAACCCUAGCAUCUCAGCCAUCCCUCGAAGAUCUCGUUAGCACAGACAUAAGGGUCAAAUUCUACAUCCUCCAGGGACUCGCAGAAUGGCUCGUCGCUGGCCUACUGGUGCUCGUAGAUGUGAGGGUAUGGUUCUUUGCUGGAGGAGAGAAGCAGAUGAUGCUUGAACGCGGGGGACUGAUCCCACAGGGAAGUGCGGAAGAGAUGAGGUUGGGUCCCGUGAGGGGAUGGGGAGAUAGGACCCCAGGGUCAUAUGCUUGA